AUGGAUGCAAUUAGGAGCAUUCCCAUUGGAAAUGUUAGUAUCCCAGACCGUAUAGUGUGGCCUUGGAGUGCUAAUGGCCAAUACUCUGUUAAGUCGGGGUAUCACAAAAUUCAUGCUAUUUGCUCUGAUUUGUCUGGAGGCAGUGCUCACUCUUCUCAUAUCAUCAAUCCGGUGGUGUGGAAAGAAUUAUGGAAUUUGGCUUAUCAGCCAAAAAUUAAAUUGUUCCUCUGGAGACUGCUCUCUCGUUCUCUAGCUACAUGUCUGAAUCUUUUUCGAAGAAAAAUUAGAGUUUCUCCUUUAUAUCUGCGAAGAAUUGGAGGAAUCAAAGGAACAUUUGUUUUUCUUGUGUCCUUGGGUUCGAACAGUUUGGUUUGGCUCUGA